AUGGAGCCAUCCGUCUUCUUGAGCCAACAACUCCUCCUCGGAGAUCAUCUCGACUCCCAAGUACGCAGCAAUCGUGUCGACCGGCAUCUCGCUCAACUUCUUUCCAAUGACAAACCCGAUGCAUCUCAUGAAUCCCUCGCACUCCAUGUAACUGGCCAACUCGAGAAUCGGCUUCAACUCAUCCACACUCUUCGCGUUGGCCUCCGGAUAGUCCUCUGGCUUCUUUUCAAAAUCCAUUUCAGCUGGUGGCGUGUACUUGAGCAGAUUGUCAAACACGAACUCUCCGGCCGCCCUUGGGAAUGGAAUAUCGAGUGGAGUAUUGAUUUUGAUGUCAGUCGUCUUCCAAUCCGGAUUCUCUCCCUCGAUGGCUUUCAUGAGAACUGGACUCUUUUCGAUGAUUUCACGAUCCUUGAUGAUGGAUGGAUUCUCAGAAUCCUUGAAGAGAACGGCCACUUCGCAUAUGGCUUCAGACAUUGUUGCAGUUGGAAGUACUGGAAAAAUCAAUGUAAGAGAUUUGGACGAAGAGAGAGAGAGGGAAAAUCAAUAAUAAUAUAA